GACCAAAUGAUUCGGACGAUUGGCCUUAUCGUUAUCACAUCAACGAACAAUGACGACGGGGUGGCGCACUUACGGAGAGGAGAGGAGAGGAGAGGAGAGGAGCGGAGCGGAGGGAGAUUCUGGGUAAAUGGCAUAAAUGCUGCGAAUCCACCACAGUAUCUUGGUUACGAUAUACCAAACUUGAUGGCCAGCCUUUCUAAAUUGCACCACAGUCAACAAACAAACAAACAAACAAACAAACAAACAAACAAGCAACAUGUAUCUCUGAUUCCGGAAUGGUGUGUGUGUGCAUAUACCUGUGCCAGGUUCGUUCUUAUCUAUGUGGAGAGACGUCUGCCGACAGAUGUCUUGUCGGAGUAAGAAUAAUUGUCUCGGUCAUUGCGCCCACGGGACGAGACUGGAAGGCCAAUAGUAUUCGUUCUUGGCUUCGACAUUCCUCCCUCGUCUCAACAAUCCUUCUGGGGUUAACUCGCAAGAAGAACAAUGCAUUUCGAGGUCAGUCAGGCCAGCGUAAAGCACAAUCCAAGAAACUCUGGGUGAAGAGUAAUCACGGCAUUCGAGGUCAGUCAGUCAGGGCAGCGUAAAGCACAAUCCAAGAAACUCUGGGCGAGGAGUAAUCACGGCAUUCGAAUUGCUUGACCUGAAACCGACUAAUGGCCAGCCAGUUUCCAAGACAAGAUCCAUUAAACUUGCUCCGCUGCUCAUUCGACAUAUUCUUCAAUACGUUUGGUGUUUCCAAAUCGGUGGUGAUCCGAGUCCCUCCUUGAGAUUACUCCCCCUAUCACUGACUGAUACUCAAAAUCAUCCUCGCCAAUUCUUUGAACCGCUGUUUCGCGAGUUGAUCUGUCCCAGCGGACGACGCUCCAAUGUGAAAGCUAUUUGGCAAAUUUGUCUUGGGGGUUGGGGGGUCUUUGAUUUCGUUUGCUCACCAGGUCCGUACAUUCUUCAGCGCGGCAAUUGGGGUUUGUGAUAAUUACAGCAAGCAGAUGUCUACCCAUAAAUCCUCA